AUGAAAAAUAAAAAUAAAUUAAAAUGAAAUACAAAAUAAAUUAAAAUGAAAUACAAAAUAAAUUAAAAUGAAAUGCAAAAUAAUUUACAAUUAAAAUUAAAGUAAAAGUGAAUUUCACCAUGGCCGAGGGCUGCCACUACCAAAAUAUUCUUUAUAAUUUUUUUUUAAUUAAAGUGAAAAAUAAAAAUAAAUUAAAAUGAAAAAUAAAAAUAAAUUAAAAUGAAAAAUAAAAGUAAAUUAAAAUGAAAUACAAAAUACUGAUUUACAAUUAAAAUUACAAAGUAAAAGUGAAUUUCACCAUGGCCGAGGGCUGCCACUACCAUAAUGCACAGCGACCCGAGAGAAAUUCCCAUGAGCCGAGCAGCGGCCGAGCGCUAUCAUAACAUCCCAUGAACCUUUGCCCGCGCGGAAAGCAACAUGGCGGAGAAAUGGCGAAAGUUCAAAGAAGAUAUGAAAAAAAAACGCUUGAGUGGGAAGAGCCAAAAAGGGAAAGAUGUUUCCAAACGUGAAAUAACUGUUCAAAUGUUAAGCGCGGACGUGUCGGGCAAGGCCCAAAAGUAUUCACGUAUCGGCCCAAGGGAAUUUGUCCAGUUAUAUGACGACGACGAUGAAGAUCUAGAUCGAUUUUAUACAAAAGAAGAGAUGACAGUUGAACGAGUGAAGGAUGCAUGCCUGAAACAUUUUGAACCGAAGGUUGGAAACAAUGUUGUAUGUGAUAUUCUUGCCGGUGAGCAAGGACCUUCCUGCGCAUCCUUGAAGCAAAUACCUAAUAUGAAUCUUAUAUACGUCAGAUCCAUAAACAAAAGCUCGACAGCAGAUGCGCCUGUAUUCGUUGAUGAUACUGACCCAGUUCAUCCGCAAAGCACAACUGUAAAACGAAAGGGCCCUAACUCUGUUCCAAGUCCAAAAAAAGCUAAAAUCUCAACACCAAUGCCCAAGAGUCUCUCGGUAACCCAUAUGUUGAAACUAGGUAAACUUAUAAACAAGUCUACCACUACCAUCCACUUGUAUGGAUUUAAUUUGGCAGAUAUGAGCUGGUCGUCUUCACCAAGGGCAGUUGAAUUUAGUGUUUCAGAAGAUGUGCUCGGAGAAGGUGCAUUCCGAAAAGCUUAUAAAGCAGAAUCAAAAGAUGAGAGCUUUGCUGGUUCAUGGGUAGUCAAAGAAUAUAAUGAAAAUGCAUUGGAUGUCAUUGCUGAGACCAAUCAAACUCUCGAAACCCAUACAAAGAAGGUUGUACAAAUGCACAGCUUAGCCCAGAACUUUGCAAGCCAACUGAAGACAAGUGUUGAGCAAAAUGGCAUGCAAGAAUCUUUUGGUGAUUGUUUUCAUUAUGGGAGUGUCUACUUAGGAAAAAAAGGUGACGAAUUUGUCACAGUUGAAGAGUUUGUAGAUGGAGAGUUUAGUAAGUAUAUAAACAAUGAUGGCACAUUGUGCAAGAAUGUCAACGAAGUUAUAUUACAGAAAGCAGAGUGUCUUUCUCAUUUUUCUUUUGAAAAAUCCAACAAUCAGGUAAUGGUGUUAGAUAUCCAAGGAUGUGGCUACUCCCUUGUAGACCCAGAAGUUGCAUCAUCUUCCCUCUUUGAUGAAAAUAAAGAAUUACUUUUUACCACAGGGAAUUUGUCAUUUGAAGCAAUUGCAAAAUUUAAACUCAUUCAUAGAUGUAAUGAGUACUGUGAGCUUCUGAAGCUUAAAGUACUUGUAUAGAAAGAAUACACAAACUGCUGUUAGGGGAAAGUAAUGAUGUAUCUUUAAAACAUUGUUCUUAUUUCAGUUUGGUGUAUAACAAGGACACCUAAAACUUGAUAUUAUCGACAUUAUCUGUUAGUUACUCUUAGAAGAUUCAUUAAUGUCUUUUAAGAACAUAUCAGACUUUAAAUCGCAUCCCUAGUAAUGUGGUAGCAAAGAGUGACUGGGCAAGCAUCUGUUUAACACCAGGUUAUAAUAAAAAAACUUUUAUGAACACAUUGGGCAAUUUAAUUCAAGUCUUAAAUUAACAGUUGGAAAACAUAGUAGGUCCAAUGUCUUUUACCACUUUUGGUGACUAGUGUUUGCAGUAAAGAUUGAUCACCAUUUAUGUUUUUGCUUGCUACACUGGUUUAAAUAAAUUAUUACAAAGCCUAUUUGAAUUGUAAUCAAACCCCAAUGUUUCGACACUCCAGUCUAGUGUCUUCAUCAGGGGUAAUCUAAAAUUGCAAUGUAGCUUCUUACAUACCCAAAGGAUGACAUCACCUGCCAAUGAGAUGCAUGUAUUCCUCUGGUAAAUAGGCACUGUCAUCCCUAUUCAAAGGAUGAUUACUCAUUUAUAUGCCACACUAGUCAAAGACUAUGCCUAGAAGCAUGGCAUAUAAAUAUGAGUAAUCAUGCUUUGAAUAGGGAUGACGGUGCCUAUUUACCAGAGGGAUACAUGCAUCUCAUUGGCAGGUGACGUCAUCCCUUGGGUAUUUAAGAAGCCAACGAUUGUAACUUCAGAUCACCCCUGAAGACACUAGACUGGAGUGUCGAAAUGUUGGGUCUUGAUUACAAUUCGACUGGGCUUUGUAAUAAUUUAUUUAAACCGGAGUAGCAAGCGAGAACAUGGUUGAUAUACCUGGUUGCAGUGAACGAACAAACUUUGAUCACCAUUUGUUUUUCUUUCCAUCUAUCCAGGAUUGUUUUUGUUUAAACUUUACAUGAGAACAACAAACAUCAAAUCAAUUUUCAGAAGUUAUUGAACUACUUUAAAUUAAGAACUUAACCAGACUGGUUGCUACCAUGUUUCUAAGGAUUUGGUUUAAAUCUGUAUUUACAAAAUGAAUUUAAAUUUAGUUUACAUCUAUAUGUAGCAUCUACAAUGUUGUGUUAAAGUUUUCUUUGAGAUAUAUGAAUGCAGAUGCACAAUCUUUAGGUUCUAUUUUUUCUGUUUUUGGUAGAAGCGAUUCACAUCUUCUAAAUGAGGCAUCAAGGAAGUCAUCUUCCAUAUCUUGAUUGCACAGACAUGCAUCUAUAGACAUCUAUUAUAAAGAACAUUAAAAUUGACAUGUUAAAAUUAACUAUUAUAAUGUUGUUUCAAGUAUAAGUAUGCAUCUUGGCAUUCAUUUGGUUUGAUUGUGUCAUGAUCAGGGAUCAGUCUUUCACAUUCUGCUCUAACAUUUGGCUCCAAAUAGUCAUCUGGUACUUGCAAAAUGCCAGAUAGGGUAGCUGCCUCCUUCAGCUGUUCUUCAGUUACUUUUAGGCCUGUAAAAUAAGGUACUAUGUAAAGGUUACAGAAUGGUCAUAUGUGCUCCAUACAAGGACGGAUUUUCUGGGGGAUGUGCACCCCCCAAAAAAAAUUUCCACCCCCACCCCCCCUGAGAAAUUGUGCACCACGUCCCUGCCAAAAUUUAAAAGCAUUAAAUUAAACUACCGUUAAGUAAGAUAGAAAUAUUAAAAUCAACAUGUUUCUAUAUAUGCUUUUUUGCAGCAUAUUAACGUAAAAGUAAAACACACUUGACUUACAAAAAAUAAGUUCACGUGCUCAUCGGCACCACGCUUUCGCACAUUGACAAUGGAUUCAGACAGGUUUGACAGGUGUACAUAAACCUGUCAGAUUUUCCAAAGAAAGAAAAUCUAUAACCUUCCAUGUAAUAAUGUAUAUAACUAAUUUAAAGGAUAUUCUGUUUCAUAAAAUGGAUGUUAUCUAAUCUAUUAUUGAAAUUUGAUUAUGGACUACUGAGCGUAUUUAGACCCACUGAUCAUUGCUUUGGCAAUUGAGAAUCAGGAAAUGAUUGGGAAGCAUUCACGCUCCUGCAGUUUGGUUUUUAGUUCGUCGUUAGAGUUGGAUUGAAAGCGUGUAGAUCUAAAUCGAUGUGUCAGCAAUUAGCAGAUCCUAUAUUUUUAUCACUAGGCACUAGCUAAUACACUUCAGAAAAGGUUCAAUUCAUUGUUUGAGCUGCGUAUUAGUAAAAAAUUCACUUAAAAACAUGCAUUUU